AUGCUCGUCUCCUUAACCGUCGGCAAGGUCGACGCCGGCGUCACUGUGCUUCUGACGCCGGACAAGCGUCUGAUCGAGUUCCCUUCUAUCCUCCUCCCCCCCAACAUCUCCUCCGGUAGCAUCGUCGACAUCACUGUCGCUCGCAACCUGGGUUCAGAGGCAAAGACAGAACAUGCCUUCCGCGAGCUUCAGGACCGCAUCUACUCCGCUUUCGGGGCCAGUGCGCCCGCGAUUCCCAUCCUUCGCUGCCGCAACGCAACGCAGACCUCCGUCGUCCUCGAGUGGGACCCGAUCGAGCUCGCGACUGCCGACCUCAUCUCCCUCUCUCUAUACCGCAAUGGUCAAAAGGCCGGCAGCAUCCCCCGCCCGCUGCAAAUGCACAGCACCAAGAUCAGUGGCCUCGCCGUCGACACGGAGUACACGUUCCAUCUUAUUCUGCGUACCACGGCCGGUACCUUCAGCUCCGACAAGGUCGUCGUGCGUACCCAUAAGAUGACGGACCUCAGUGGCAUCACCAUCACCACGGGCAUCAUGCCUGCCGCCACGAAAGAGGCGCUGGUCUCCGCCGUAGACCGCAUCGGCGCCAAGAUCGUCGACAGUGUCCGUAUCGAUACGACGCACUUCGUCACCACCGAAGGCCGCGGGCUGGCAUGGGAGAAGGCCGUCGAGACAAACAUCCCUGUCGUCCGGCCCGAGUGGGUUGAGGCGUGCGAGAAGAACGGCCGCAUCCUCGGUGUUACCAAGUUCUACCUCGACGCCCUUAGGCCCGGCCCCUCGACCGAUGAGCUGCAGCAAACGCCAACUCCGCCCCAACCGCAGCAGACCCCUCAGAUGCAGAAGGAGCUGCCGACCCCCCCUGCUGUCAACCCGUCAGAGAACGACUACGAGGUGGCCGCCACGUCUGCCAAGUCGCCCGAAGGAGAAAGCGAGAAUCCUGCAUCCAAGGCGGAGGAUGCUGAAUCUUCCGGCGACGAGGAGAAGGAGGCAGAGCAGAAGAGGAUCGCAGACCAAGAGGAGCAGAAGGUGCGACUGGAGGACAAGGACGAGCAGAACCUCGCUUAUCGGCCAAAGGCGGAGUCGGAUUCGGGCAGCGAGGAUGGCAAAGGAGAAGAAGACAACCCAGGCAAGAAGCAGAAGACUGGCACCUCCCCUGACGGAGCGUCCUUCCAGGACGUAGCCUUGUAA